AUGGAGCAGAAGUUCGAAGAGGUUUUGAAGGCAAUAGCCAAGAGCCACCCAGAAGAACCUAAUGGAAAGAAAUCAGUGGGAGAAGAGCACAGCAGCGACCCUGUUUUUUCAUGGGUGGAGACAAUGAAAGGGACAAACCCUACGAGAUUCAGUGGAGGUUCAAGAAAUGGAACAGGAGGUGGUUCCGACGGCGGAGGCGGUGACCAUACAAUCGGAGGCGAAUACAACGGAGGAACCAACUGGAGAAUCAAGAAGCUGGAGAUACCACUAUUUAAUGGAAAUAAUUCAAAUGGUUGGGCUCUUGAGGCAGAGAGAAGAUUUGUAGAUUAUCAAUUAUCAGAAGAAGAAAAACUAGAGGUUGCGGUAGUGGCACUUGAGGGCUACGCUGCUCUCUGGUAUGACGAAGAACACUAUCGUCGACCCAUUAGAGAUUGGGAAGAACUAAAAUUCCUAAUCAUCCGACAAUUUGGAUCCUCAACGUUCGCAGCAGAGUCAUGGUGGUCGGACUACCAUGGUGCAAGGCAGUCAGAGCACCAAUGGAGUCUCAGGGAGAUAACAGAUCUGUUUGAUGAUGGACGGGAUAAUAGAUGA